AUGUUCAACGACUCGAUGGAGAGACUCCGACUGCUCCCGAGCCCCGACGCUGAAGACAGAGGACAUCCCCAAUCAAACUUUCAUCAUGUGGUUUCUGGAAUGGACGCAGGGUACUACUCAUAUCUAUGCGAGGCAGUAUUCGCUGCAGACAUUUUUCACCACAACUUUGAGGAAAGUCCUCGCAGCCAGGAACGGUGGGAAAAGUACCGCCGCGGGAUACUCGAAUUUGGCGGAAGUCGUGACGAGAUGGAGAUGCUGGAAGAAUUCCUAGGUCAUAAGCCUAGUUCUGGGUACUUGUUCAGCAAUCUCCAGGCCCAGACUAGAUAG